AUGAACAUUAAGCAGUGGGAGGACGAGACGCUGAGGUCCUAUUUCACUCGCUUUAACAAAAAGGCUCUCUCAAUUGACGAAGCAGACAACAAGAUACUCGUGGCUGCCUUCACAAAUGGACUACGGAAGGAUAAGUUCCUAUUUUCCCUAUACAAGAAUGACCCAAAAACUAUGUCAGAUGUGCUGUACAGGGCAACCAAGUACAUGAACGCAGAAGAUGCGUUGCUAGCCCGAGAAAAGAAGCCUAAGAAAAAGGAAAGACAGGAAGACGUACGGCAGGAUAAGGGACGGGAGAUGGCUAGGACUAGAGAAUGGCGGGAAGACAGGCGCUCCAAGCAUCCCACAGGGAAAUUCACGAGUUUCACCCCGCUGACUGCCCCGAUCAACCAAGUCUUGAUGCAAAUAAAAAACGAAGAAGUUUUGACAUUUCCCCGCAAGCUGAAGGGAGAUCCCAAUAAGAAGUCUAAAGACAAGUACUACUGCUUCCACCGUGACCAUGGUCAUGACACAACCAACUGCUACAAGUUAAAGCAACAAAUUAAAGCUCUUAUCAGGCAAGGAAUGCUACAAAGGUUCGUUGACAAGGAAAAAGCGUAUCCACCUCAAGAGUAG